UCGCCCUUGAUGUAGGAUCGAAACUGAAGGAACCGGAGUCAUGAGCACUGCAGUGGCGUGUGUGUACGCGGCUCUGUUAUGGCUGCAGGCCAGCUGGUGGAUGAGAUGUUCAGCCUGGGAGGAGACAUUCGGCGUUGAGGAUUGGUUAAAGAGGUUAGGCUACCUACAGACCACCGAACCCAACAUGGCCGUCCUGUACUCGGCUCAGACCGUGCAGUCAGCCAUAGCUGCCAUGCAGCGCCAAUACGGCCUCAACAUCACGGGCACUUUAGACCAGAGCACUAUAGACUGGAUGAAGAAGCCCAGAUGUGGAGUCCCAGAUCAACUCAGAGGAAAAUCAGGUUCAAAGUCACGGAAGCGACGCUACGCGCUCACGGGCCAAAAGUGGCAGCGCACACACAUCACAUACAGCAUAAAGAACGUGACGCCUAAAGUGGGUGCACGGGAGACCCACGAGGCCAUCCGGCGAGCCUUCGAUGUAUGGCAGGGUGUCACGCCGCUGAACUUCGAGGCUGUGCCCUACAGCGCGCUGGAGAGCGGCAAACGCGACGUAGACAUCACCAUCAUCUUCGCUUCCGGUUUCCACGGCGACAGCUCUCCUUUCGAUGGAGAGGGUGGCUUUCUGGCUCAUGCGUACUUCCCAGGUCCCGGUAUAGGGGGCGACACGCAUUUCGAUUUAGAUGAACCAUGGACCCUGGGCAACCCCAACCAUGAUGGUGAGAGAACGGCAGGGAAUGACCUGUUUCUGGUGGCCGUCCAUGAGCUGGGCCAUGCUUUGGGUCUGGAGCAUUCCAACGACCCCACUGCAAUCAUGGCUCCUUUUUACCAGUACAUGGACACAGAGAGCUUCAAACUGCCUCAUGAUGAUCUACAAGGCAUCCAGAAAAUCUACGGUCCUCCAGAUAGGAACCCUCAGCCAACCCGACUGCUCACCACGGCCCCGCCUCCUCGCCUGCAUCCUCCUGACCCCCGGAAGCACGACCGGCAGAGCCGUCCUCACCGACCGCCACAGAAAUCCAAACCCUUCAAUCCCAACUCCAAACCGAAUAUCUGUGACGGAGGCUUUAACACACUCGCCAUCCUGCGCCAGGAGCUGUUUAUCUUCAAGGACCAGUGGUUCUGGAGGGUGAGGGAUAAUUCAGUGGUGCCCGGAUACCCAAUGCAGAUCAGUCAAUUCUGGAAAGGCCUGCCGCCGAAGAUCGACGCUGUAUAUGAAAACAGUGAGGGGAAGUUCGUCUUCUUUAAAGGCCACCGGUUUUGGGUAUUUAAGGACACGACUCUGCAGCCCACCUACCCUCAGGACAUCUCACUGUUUGGAAACGGCAUGCCCUCUCAGAACAUCGAGACAGCCGUGUGGUGGGAGGACGUGGCCAAAACCUACUUCUUCAAAGGGGACAGGUACUGGAGGUAUAACGAGGACAUCCGAAGUAUGGAUCCGGGUUACCCCAAACCCAUCACUAUUUGGAAGGGCAUUCCAGACUCUCCUCAGGGGGCCUUUGUAGACAAAGCUAAUGGCUUCACAUAUUUUUACAAAGGAAAAGAGUACUGGAAGUUCAACAACAGACGCCUGCGGGUGGAGCCAAGCUACCCCAGGUCUAUUCUCCGGGACUUUAUGGGCUGUGACGGGCUGCCCUCCGACCCCGACUGGGACUGGCAUGUAGCGCAGGACGAGGAGGCUCCUCAGUACGAGAACGACGACGUGGAUAUCGUGCGCAAGUCGGAGAGCACUGGCGGCACGGAGAAGGCGGUGGCCAUCGCCAUCCCGUGUGUGCUGGCCCUGUGCCUCAUGGUCUUGCUGCACACCGUGUUUCGCGUCAAGAGGAAGGACACCAAGCGGCACAUACUUUACUGCAAGCGCUCCAUGCAGGAAUGGGUCUGAAGAGGAAGGAUCUCUCCCCGUUCCAAGACGUUCUGUCAUUUAGGUCCUCGGGGGUGUGGAACCUCACUUAAAUCUCUCAGCAUCGAUGGAUGGCAGGGAGACGAGGAAUAGACAGCAUGCCCACGUCUUACUUGUGGUGUCCGCUCUUCCUAAGAGUGCCAUGUCGUGUGUCCAUCGUUGGCUACUGCAGCCGUUU